GCUAACGCACGCCGGACGUGCCCGUCGAACGCCCGGUGGUCCCCCCACCGCAAUAAUCACGCUCGCGAAAUCCCGCGACGAGUGAGCGAGAAUACAUCGUCUUCGCCGUUUAUAAAAAACGUUGGAAUAUAUUGUUAUAAUUAUCGCGAAGACAUAAUAAUAUACGUAAUAAUAAUAAUAAUAAUAAUAAUAAUAAUAAAACCGUUUCGUUACCCGUUCGAAUCGCGUAGGUAUAGUCUGCGGGGCGCGUAAUGUAUGAUAACAGUAAUAAUAAUCGUGUCGAAAUAAAAAUAGUGUGAUAUAAUACAACGAAUAAAGGGACGACCGUCGGCGUCACGGUAUACGAAAUACGAAUGUUGUGCGGUUGGUUUAAAUCAUUAUAAUAUCGUUCGGGCGUAAUAAUAAUAUUAUUUAUUAAAUCGUCGUUCGCGUACCCGUUUGAUAGAAUAUCAUCGUCGUCGUCGUUAUCAUAUUAUUAUUAUUACUGUUACGACUUACGUGUGCGGUUGUAUUGUCUUGCGACGAGUGACGUUUUUUUGCAUCGAAAUUACCGACGGCUCCUCGACUUUUCAGCCCCGUCGGCCAAUAACUCCGUCUACCGGCACGAAGUUGUUUUCCGUUUAGUUUUCGCGUGCGAACGACUGGGCCGCUAUCGUGUUAUAAAUGUAACGUCGAAACGCCGCGUGUGCGAUGCGGUUUCCAAUAUUGUUGUGUUCUCCGAAUCGUCGUUGUCGUCGUCAUUACCGCCUGUGCCGCCGUGACCCAGUGAUCUCGCGGGGAAGUGUUCGUUCUUAAAUACGUACAAUAUAUAUAUAUUAUAUAUUAUAAUAUAUUGUACGGUUUACACUUACGCAGGUGAUUCCAAAUACAAAAUGAGAAAUGCAAUAUUCCUACAUACGCGUAUAAUUCAAUACAAUUAUUAGAUACACAAAGUGCUUAGUGAUAAAUCUAAUUAUGAUCAAGAUUAUAUACUCGUAUUGUCAAGGUAUAUUGAAAUCGAUACAUUAAGACAUUUGGAGUGCGAUUUCUGGCCACCAGGUGUGUCUGGCUGUCAAACCGAAUUUUCAAAAGCAUCAAUAAUACAUAGAGGAACUUAAAUAAUAUGACGGCAAGUCGGUGGCGAUGACUGUCGUCGCCUCGGUGACGACUACAACCACCAUCGAUACUGCAACCACACCGCAACGAUGACGGGAACGACAACGUGGUCGGCUGCGACCGCGGCGGCGAUUCCGUCAGCGCUCGCGGACACGUGGUAGUGUGUGGCCGUUCAACCCGGCUGGGUCAUCUCGUUCUUCAGUUUCGUCUCGUGCGGUUGACGUCGGACAACAACCAACAGCACCGCCGCCACCACCACCAACAACAACAACAACAACAACAAAAACAACAACACCGAGGCGGCGGCGGCGGGGGGCGGCGGCCGUCACGACGGCCGCUCGUCCACGACUGCGACGCGACCGACGGUACGUCGCGCUGGCCCGCUGACCGUAUUGCGGCGCUUACCACUGCCCGCGUGCGCACACUGACCGCCCCAAGAGCACGCGAACCACGCACCAUCUGUUCACGCUUACCGGCGGCCGAACACGACCGACGAACACCCGCCGCCGGUGGCCGGGCCCGAUGAACCGGACCGAGUGCCAGACGCUGCGCGACUCGCUAGUGUGGAGAGACGCGCAGGUUUUGGGUACCUUGGCCGGCCUGUCUUUUAUCGCGCUCAUCGUGACCGUCGGCAACACGCUCGUCGUGGCCGCCGUGUUCAACAGCUCCAAGCUCCGGUCACCGACCAACACGUUUAUCGUUUCGCUGGCCGUGUCCGACCUCAUGGUCGGCGUGGCCGUAUUGCCGUUCAGCGCCACCUGGGAGGUGUUCAAGGUGUGGUUGUUCGGCGAUUACUUGUGUUCCGUGUGGCUCGCCGUGGACGUAUGGAUGUGCACGGCCAGCAUCCUCAACCUGUGUGCCAUAUCGCUAGACCGGUACCUGGCCGUCACCCGACCGGUGCAGUACCCCAGCCUGAUGACCAGUUUCCGGGCCAAGGUGCUGGUGGUGAUCGUGUGGGUGUUGAGCUUCGUCAUAUGCCUGCCGCCGCUGGUCGGCUGGCGCGACACGCACAUACCGGCCGAGGCGUCCACGGUGCUGAUCCGGAACGAACUGUACCACCGGAACGGCACCGGCCGGCCGCAGCAGGAAGCGCUGCCGCAGUCGUGCCCGUGGAUAUGCGAGCUGCCCAACAACAAGUGGUACGUCGUGUAUUCGGCGCUGGGCUCGUUCUACAUACCGAUGUUCGUCAUGCUGUUCUUCUACUGGCGCAUCUACAAGGCGGCCGUGCACACCACGCGGGCCAUCAACCAGGGAUUCCGGACGAUGCGAAGCCGCCGGACGUUCGGCAACCGGUUCGACGAGCAACGGCUCACGUUGCGCAUACACCGGGGACGCGGUUCGUCGCUCAAGCACGCCACGACGCCGUCCGCCCCCAACGGCCCGAGCGGCGGGUCACCGGACGUGAACCGGCCGCCGACCAGUCGGCGGCCGUCGGUCCGGCGCAGCAACCACGAGCGGAUCAAGAUCAGCGUCAGCUACCCGAGCUCGGACUGCAUAAGCGCCGCGGCGGCCGCCGCAGCCGUGGCCACCGUCACCACGGCCACCGCGGUGGACGCUAACGGCAACUCGCCGCCCGAGACGCUCAGCCAAAAAUCGCGGAGCUCGUUUUCGUCCACGACGUCGCCGACCAGCUCCAGUCCACUGUACGCCGUCCACUACACGGCGGCCGAGACGUACCAUCACCAGCGGGCCGCCGCCGUCCGGUCGGUGGUCGACACGUCCGCGUGUCAGCUGCGCGUGGCCGGCGGCAGCCGGAAGGAACACCGCCGGUGCAGCGCGGGCGACACGGCUUCGCCGCACUCACGUCUCCUGUUGACGUCGUCCCCAGGCGGCGACCACGCCCAACACAACCAGCACGCCGGUGACAGGCCCGCGUCCUGUUCCGUCGCGUCGGUCAAGGACCAACUAUCCCCGUCGCCGUCGUACGACGAGUCCACCGGCGGCGGCGGCGGCAGCGGCGGCGGUGGUAGCGCCGGCGCGAGCGGGACGAGCGACGGUGGCCUCGGGCGCGGCGUCGGCCUCGGGUCGUCGAACAACAAGUCCAAAUUCGCGUCGAAAAUGAUGGGCGGCGGCAAGCGGAACAUCAAAGCCCAGGUGAAGCGGUUCCGGAUGGAGACCAAGGCGGCCAAGACGCUCGGCAUAAUCGUGGGCGGCUUCAUCGUGUGCUGGCUACCUUUCUUCACCAUGUACUUGGUCCGGGCUUUCUGCCCCACGUGCAUACAGCCCACCCUGUUCUCCGUCAUGUUCUGGCUGGGCUACUGCAACAGCGCCAUCAACCCGAUGAUCUACGCGCUGUUCAGCAAGGACUUCCGGUUCGCGUUCAAGCGGAUCAUAUGCCGGUGGUGCUGUUGGGCGUCCGCCGGCGACUCGACGGCCGGCGCGGGCGGCACGCUGACCGUCGCCGACUACGGCCGCCGCAAGGGGUCAGACGGUUCGCAGCUGGGCGGCGGUGGCCACGGCGGCGUGUCCCCUCGAAACAGGUACAUCGUCGCGGGUUCCGUUGUCGCGGCCGUGGGUUCCGACGAGUGCAGCGCGCGCAGCAUGCGACUGCUCCAGUACUCGGACAGCGAGCCGCUCAACGAACCGUGUUCGGACGACAGGUGAUGGCCACUGCGCGAGCGGCACCUCCACCGCUGUAAUGAUGUUACUAAGAAAAUAUAUUCUGUAUUACGACGCGGGCAUGACUCCUGCUCUGCGCAACGAUUGUUUUUACAUUAUUAAUAUUAUUAUAACUAUUAAACGAAAUAUUAUAUUAUAUUAUACAAAUACACUAAUAUAAGAUUAUUAUUAUUAUUAUUAUAUUAUAUACGAUAAAGUUAUGUGUUUCCGUUACCCACUCAUUAUUAUUAUUAAUAUAAUACGCAUUGUGUAAUUACAUAUUAUUAUUAUUAUUAUUAUUAUGUUUACCGACAUAACUAUGUUUUAUCCUUAUAUAAUAUUAUUAUGUGUAAAACGUUACGAUAUGUUGUAUUUUUAGUAUCGUUUGUAACUUAAGACCGAACGUAUUACAAACACGAGUUCAUUUGCAUAGUGAUUUACCGAUCGGUCGUCCAUAAAAUAUUAUAAUAAUAUUACGAAUAACCAUACCAUACAACACACAAGACACCGAUUCACUCAGUUUAUAUAAUAUAUAUAAUGAUAUUAUAGCACGUAUACAUAAAAUAAUAGAGUUCGUGGUAUUAUUUCAAAACAUUAUUCUAUAUAUAUAUAAAUAUUGAGAUGUCAACGACCUCGUAAAAAAACGGUCUACGAGAACAGCACUUUUUAAAGGGUAUAAUGAUCAUAGUUAUAUUAUUAUAUAAUAUACCUAAACAUAUUUUUUUUUAUUUUUUAUUUUUUUUUUAUUAUUAUUAUUGUCUAUCUAUCCAUUUAUAAAUAAUAACAAAUAUUGAAAGUCGACAUAAACAACUACGAAAGUCAUAUUUCCGUAGACUAUUUUAUUUAUGUCUACGUGCGCAAUUCAAUCGAGCUCUGUGUAAUUUAUCAUGGCAUCAUUUUACUUAAAUUCGUAAAAAUCAGAAACUAACAAAAAUAAUACCACCGUACUUUUAAACGACAUUUUAAAACGAAACACGCAUAGCCCGCAGUAGAUUAUUGACAGAUCUUGUAAUAUACGUAAAAAUGAUUUUGAACCUAUAACGUCAAAUCACGUUUAUAACUGUAAUUACAUGCAAUCAUAAUAUAUACGUAAAAAAUGAUUACGCUUUUCUAAAAUUAUAAACCGAAUAGGUUAUUAUUCUUGUACGUAGUUUAUUUAGCAGCAUUUGGACAUAGACCAAAACGUUAUGUGCCUUUUUGUAAAUGGAAACAUUUUUCAUCCAAAAUGAACUCAGUAAAAUGAGUUAGAUUAAAAUUAGAAUAAAAUAAAAAAAGAUCGUUCAGCGGUAAGCUUAGAAGAAUUAAUUGUAUAAUAAAUAAUAAUAUAUUAGGUAUUAAUUAUAUUAUUGAACAAAUAUUAAAAAAAUGUACAAAUUAUAAUAUCACAUUAGAAAAAUAAAAUAUCCAAAUUAAGUCAACGAUUAGGUUUGAGUUUGAAUUCGUACUAACGGAUGUCAAUGUAAAUUUAAACGAAAUAACUGUAAGUGGAACAAAAAUUCGUCCAAAUAAACUAGAAAUUUAAUAAUAACCAUAUAAUUACAUUAUUAUUUAAUGACUUAAAUUAUUUAAUUUAUGCGGAAAGUUACAUUUUUACUUUAAUGAGCUCGACGAAUAAACAUAUUGUGUUAAAUAAGUU